ACUCCCUUCUAUAACAGGUCUAUAAAUUUGUAGAGAUUAUAGGCGAAGAAGCUACUGGAAGACAAUGGCGUCUCCAAAGAAAGUCCUCUGCCUGUUGCUACUAGGCAUAGCACUGGCCAAGGCUGCUCCAGCACCUGACAUGUCCGACUUUGCGUUGGACAACGAAGACAACUACGACUCGAACUUCCUCAGCCUAGAUGAAGCUGACGAAGCCGCCGAGGAGGAUGUACUUGCUGCCAGCCACGUUUCGGAAUCCGACUUCGACAUGUCCAUCGACAACAAUGGCGAUGAACUCGCUGAUGAAUACAACACUCAAAUCCUGUUGCACGGUCGUCGCGGGGCUGCCCCAAGCUUCUGGAACAGUGUCAAGAACGCGGCAAUCGGCGCAGGAAAGGCAGCCGCCAGUCAUCUCGCACAAGCCGGGCUUAAAGCUCUAUCCGGACAAAAGCGUGAUGAGGAUGAUGGUGAUCGUGUGCACGAGUACAUUGCUGACGUGGCUGACAAUGAGUUCGAGGCCAUGGGCAAGCGUAUGGUUGAAGAGUCUCUGGCGGCAGCUACCCGCGAGGCUGCAGCUUAUGGUAAUCCCGGCAUCAUUUCCAUGCUCAAGAGCGGCGCCUCUCGCGUCUGGAACACAGUCAAGCCCAUUGCCAAGGAGAUUGGACGCAAGGUGGCAGGAGUGGUUGCCAACCAUCUGAACAGCUACGCUUCUGGACACCGCCGCAGUGCUGAGGCAGCUCAACAGAUUGCAAGCGUCAUUGCUGACGUUUCCAAGCGCGCUGCACGUGACCUGGCCCACGCCACAGCCAAGGCUAUUCAGGAUCAGACCAACAUUCGUGAACCCAAGCUCGUUCAUGGAAACAUGCGUUCCGCACGUGCCGUCUGGGAUGCCAUCAACACAGCCAGUGUGAACGCCGCCAAGGUUAUGGCUCGCAGUCCCGUCAGUGAUUCGACCAGUGACGAAGAGAUCAACCGUGUUUCGGAGGAUCUUGCCCACGUGCUUGCCACUGAUGGCGCCAACGCAUAUGAACUGAUGCGUCGUGACCCAAAUUUCCUGAACUUCUUGAAGGGAGUUGGCAAGGGAGUUUUGAGCGUUGGUCGAAACUUGCUCGGUGUCCGAAACAGCGGCACGGCUCUGCGCGAUGCAUACCCCGGAGCAGAUCCUUUUAUGAUGGGAUCCCUUCUAGGCAUGGCUGGCAAGGCCCUUGCUGGCAUCAUUGGUGGUGGCAAACGCGAAGCUGACCCUGCUGCGUUAUUCGUUGGCACUAUUCUCAAAGGAGUAGGUUCCUUGCUCUCCCAUGUUGUGGGUAGCAAGCGCUCAGCCGCUAACGGUCUUGAAGAGAUGACGCUAGCUGAAUUCGACAGGGAUGAAGACGUCCAGGCCGUUGCUGAGGCCAUGGCCGACAGCUCUACUGCCAUGUCCCUCCGUAGCGCCGACCCAGGCAUUUUUGACGUGAUUAAGACCAUUGGCAAGGGACUGCUUGGAUUCCGUGGUGCUGAAGCCGCUCGCCGUACCACUGAUCCCGGCUUCCUGAACGUGUUGGGCAAGAUCGGAAAGAGUCUCCUCGGCUUCCGAAGCACACAGGCUGGCCCCUAUUACCGGCCGACAAUGCUCUACCGCAUUCCCCAUCCGAUCUACUAUUAGACGUGCACAGAUCAGUCGUGUCGAAACCAGUGUGGGAAGAUCGUCACUGGUAACACUGGCCGACACCAACACACCAUCACCUCAUGGACAAUCGAGGCGCAGAACCUCUGGCUGUUUGGUCGUGGACGUGAUGCACCCGAUCUAGAUUACUGCUUUCCCUCCUUUCCCCGCAACCCAUCUCUAUAUCCCUAUCUCUAACAUCGUCACUGAUUAUUCUCCGAUUUUGUUUCCUUUACCCCAUAUUUUACCACGAUUCCCUUAACCCCAUCAAAGGCACUAUAAAUUUAAAACGUUUUCCUAACAAA